AUGCCUCCGACAAAGCACAAGCAGAAGCACCACCAUCACCACCACCGUUCUUCCACCUCUUCCAUGGCCGCCGCCACCGCCGCUGGCACCAUGGAAGAAGACUGGAGAGAGGAAGCAAUCAGCACCGGAUCUCUGAAGCGCGUCGAUCUCCACACUGGAUCCAAUGGCUGGGCGUCGCCCCCGGGCGAUCUGUUUUCCCUCCGCGGACCGAAUUACUUCACGAAGAAGGCCAAAGUCCCUGCCGGCGAGUGGCUGCUCGAACCGGCCGGCGUCGAUUGGCUCAGAUCCAGCGCCAAACUCGACCACGUCCUCGCCCGUCCCGACAACCGAGUCAUGAACGCACUCCGCGGCUCGAGAUCGUCCAAGGCCUUUAUCAUCGCCGUAAACCUUCAGGUCCCCGGGCGCGAGCAUCACUCGGCGGUGUUCUACUUCUCCAGCAAAAUAGACGAGCCGAUAAAUUCCAAUCCCCUGCUCUACCAGUUCAUCAAUGGCACGGACGCUUUCCGCAACAGCCGUUUCAAGAUCGUGAAUAAGAUCGUGAAGGGGCCUUGGAUUGUGAAAACCACCGUGGGGAAUUACUCGGCGUGCCUCUUGGGGAAGGCUCUGAACUGCCACUAUCACCGGGGCCCUAAUUAUCUGGAGAUCGAUGUCGAUAUUGGCAGCUCGGCCAUAGCCACUGCCAUCCUGCGGCUGGCGCUGGGUUGCGUUACAGCUGUGACUGUGGACAUGGGUUUUUUGGUGGAGGCACAGAAGGAGGAGGAACUGCCUGAGAGACUGUUUGGCGCCGUGAGGAUUUGCCAGAUGGAGAUGAGCUCAGCCACAUUUGUGGAUAGCGCCACGCCCUCGAGCAAGGUUUUGCCCAUGAGCAGUGGGGGCGAGAGUGAAAAUGAGGAUGAUGAUUGA